AUGAUGGAGAAAAAGAUAGUGCGCAAAGGGCCGCUGCCUGGAGGUCGCCAGGGCGCGUCUGGAGCUGGCGCUGGACGCGACAGCAUGUGGGCCGCCUGCCGAGCGCGGGGUGUUGCAAGACCACCUAGCAGCCCCCCGCAUCCAUCAUCCCCACCAGAAAGCUUGGUGUCGGCUGGGUCUUCUCGGACUCAGCAAGCGGCACCCGCCGCUGGUGGAGCACGUCGCAUGCGUUGGUCUAAAUCAAUGAAUGAAAACGCACUGCGGGCGUAUUUUAGGGCAAAAGGGGAAGAAACUGGAUGUUUGGCGUAUCGGGCUCGGAUGCAUCGCUUUUUUGCAGAGCUGGAGCCAUCUCUAUCUGUCACUGAGCAAAACCUGGCAGACCGAGUUAGGUACAUCCUGCGCUCCAACAUAUUUGGUGACGCCGAACUCGAGCGACUACGACGUGAGGCUAUUCCUUCAUCGAAUGGAAAUGCUACGGCUGGGAAUGCGGCGCCACUAGAUGCGCAACAAACUGCAUAUGUGGAUGCUGCCGUCAACAUUCCAUUUGUGGCUAAUUCAGACGAUGAUGGAAUAGUCUCCCACGAACUAGAGAAAAUGAGGAGCAUAUUGGAAGAGUCGAUGCUGGAAACGCGCAGCAUGCCUCUCGAAAAUCGACCGCGACUUCCCCGCAUACCCCUUAGCAAGCGAAAUCGGGCUGUCGUGCGGGCUCUUAACCCAAUGCUGGUGACCUAUUUGGAAGCCAGCCGGGACCUUUGCGAGACAGAUUCAAAAAUUCUUUUUGGCGUCGCACUGGCAGUAUGCCGUAUUAUUGGCGCCAAACUUCCCGUGGCUGGACAUGCUACUCAAAAAGUAGCGCCAUCCCAGCCUGGAGAAAAAGAAUUGAGGACCGUAUCGCAAAGGUAA